UUUCUUACCUUUCCUUUCCUUUAAUUUAUUUAUUUUUCCAUUUUGUGAAUGGCCAUUGUGGUUACAGUAUGUUGCAUGGUGUUUGUCAUGGUUUUGGGUUUGAAUCUGCCACCUAGGGUUUAUGGAGAACAGCAAGUUCCAUGCAUCUUCAUCUUUGGAGACUCAAUGGCUGAUAAUGGCAACAACAAUGGCCUUGUGACAAAGGCCAAAGCCAAUUACCAACCCUAUGGUAUUGAUUUUCCAACAGGAGCCACAGGAAGGUUUUCCAAUGGUCGAAAUACCGUCGAUAUCAUCGCUGAAUUUCUGGGUUUCAAUGAUUCUAUUAAGCCCUUCGCCAUCGCCAAUGGCCGUGACAUACUCAAAGGCGUAAACUAUGCAUCGGGUGCAGCUGGAAUUCGCGAAGAAACCGGGCAGCAACAGGGGGAUCGGAUCAGCAUGGAUAGGCAAUUACAAAAUCAUCAAACCAUAGUCUCGCGCAUUGCCAACAUGCUAGGAAAUGACUCAGCUACAAAAUCAUACCUAGUCAAGUGCAUAUAUUUGGUUGGAAUGGGCAGCAACGACUAUGUUAACAAUUACUAUAUGCCAAAGUUUUAUACGACAAGUCUUGAAUACGCCCCAGAGCAAUAUGCUAUAGUUCUUAUACAACAAUUUUCUCUGCAACUAAGGACUUUGUACGGGCUUGGAGCAAGGAAGGUUGCUCUAGAUGGACUAGGCCUACUCGGUUGCACUCCGAAAGAAUUGGCUACAUAUGGCACCAAUGGCUCCUCAUGUGUGCAGUUCAUCAAUGAUGAAGUCCAAAUUUUCAAUGAUAGGCUUAGAUUGCUAGUAGAUGAACUCAAUAGCAAUCUUACUAAUGCGAACUUCAUCUAUGUGAACACUUCUGGGAUUCUUGCGACGGAUCCUGCAUUGGCUGGGUUUCGAGUUGUGGGUGCUCCAUGUUGUGAAGUAGGAAGUAGUGAUGGCUUGGGGACAUGUCUUCCCCUUAAAGCUCCAUGUCUUAAUAGAGCUGAGUAUGUGUUUUGGGAUGCAUUUCACCCUACUGAGGCUGUCAAUAUCAUCACUGCAACAAGAUCAUACAAUGCUCGGUCCCCAUUUGAUGCCUAUCCUGUGGAUAUUUAUAGCCUUGCUCAACUCUAAUGAAGGAGAUGAUGGCUAUAGAUUCAUGGCAAGGGGAUUUUCACAUUGCGUUGUCAUUGUGGCAAGUGUUACAUCUAUGCUAGAUGAAUGCCUAUUGUUUGAAUUUAA